AUGCUUGGAGCAUCAAGUAGUGAAGAAGACGAUGACGAUAAUUUAAUCAAUGAUAACAAUGAUGCGUUGGAAAUCCUUUGCCUUCGGCGUCAUCAGUUUCCAUUAUCAAGUUCUCCACGUUCUGUGUCUCCAGCUCCAUCAGAUUCUGCCUCACAAGCCAAUUCGUUACAUCGCGGCGAUUCGUUACAUACAAAAAGAAAAGACUCUGGAGCAUCUUAUGGUGCAGUGCUAAUUAAAGCGGAAAUCUCUGAUGAUGAUGACGAUUUUGCAUCAAAUGAGCGGAGUACGCCAGCACAUGCAAUUAUCGAUUCUGCUACUGAAAUAAGCAAAGAAGAAGGAGAAGAAAAAAUGAAGGCUGAAGUGGAAGAAGAGGAACGUAAACAAAAAUUGAAACUAUAUGUUUUUGUUGCAAAAUGUAUUGCUUAUCAUUUCAAUGCAAAACAACCCACCGAUAUGGCAAGGCGAGAGCUCAAGGUUACGAGGCAAGAACUCUCAAGGAUUAAAGAUCGUUUUCGGUCAUUUUUGACAGGCGAAGCACAAAUUGCGGUAGAUGAAGCAUUCACAAAAGCAGUUGAAUCGUAUUUCGAGGUUUUUCUAAAGUCUGAACGAGUACAAAAAGUUGUUCAAGCUGGCGGUUUUUCUCACUACGACUUCAGAGAGGUUUUUCGAUGCAACACUGAAAAAAGAGUUAGAACUUUACCGGAACUAGAUGAUGUAUCAAAAGAAACGAUACUCAAUAAUUGGAUGGUCAAGUUCGACACGAUUAUCCGUGGAGAUGAAGAUUCGAUCCAGUCAAGACAAGCAAGGAAUCGCCUGCGUGGGAUGAAUCAGUCCAAUGCUGGUUUGACACUUCUCAAAGAUCAACUAUAUGAUAUUUUCCAACAGAUUCUGUCUGUUAAGAAGUUCGAACAUCAGAUAAUAUUCAAUGCCUUGCAGCUGGACAAUCCAGAUGAGCAAGCAGCGGCUAUUCGACGCGAAGUUGCUACAAGAGAGGAAACACUGCGAGAUAUGUCAAGGAUGAAGAAAUUGAUGCCUAAAUUUGUGGUAAAAGAUAUGGAAACUCUGUUUAUUGACGAGACACGUCAGUCCAUUAAUCUGCUUAUCAGUAAUUUGGAAUCAGUACCUGUUACUCCACGAGGUCAAAGUGUUAUUUCAAGGAAGAAGGAUUCCAAAGGAAGAAGCAGAUCGCGCAGCAUCGAAGAUCUCUCCCUUUUCAACAGCUUGAAACGACGUACCAGUUCAAGUUCAUUGAAUAAAGCUGACAGUGAUGACGAUGUGUCAUUGACUAAAAGUGACGUCAUCCUCACUUUCAAUAUAGAGGUCAUAGUGAUGGAAGUGCAAAAUCUGAAGUCAGUCGCAUCAAAUAAACUUGUGUACUGUACGAUGGAAGUUGACGGAUGCCCUAAAUUGCAAACUGAUCAUGCAGAAGCUUCAAAAUCAUCUUGGGAUACGCAGGGCGACUUCACGACGAAACACCCUCUUCCAACCGUGAAGGUGAAACUGUACACAGCAUUGAAGAGUUUAGUUGCUUUCGAGGAUAAAGAACUCGGAAAAGUUGUCAUCAGACCAACACCAAAUUGCUCAAGGACACCUGAAUGGUACAAUAUGACAGUGCCAAAGAACAGCCCAGAUACAGAUCUUAAAAUCAGGAUAGCUAUUCGAGUUGAAAAACCCCCUAAUUUGAAAUAUUGUGGGUAUUGUUACGCUCUUGGAAGGAUAGCAUGGAAAAAAUGGAAGAAGCGGUUUUUUUGUUUAGUACAGGUUUCGCAGUAUGCAUUUGCGAUGUGUAGUUAUCGUGAAAAGAAGACCGAUCCAGCAGAAUUUAUUCAACUGGACGGAUUUACAAUAGAUUACAUGCCAGAACCAGACUCAGAUCUAUAUAAUCAUGGUGGAAAAUAUUUUUUCACAGCAAUCAAAGAAGGCGAUGAACUAAAGUUUGCAACAGAUGACGAAAAUGAAAGGCAUUUAUGGGUGCAGGCAUUAUACCGAGCAACGGGUCAAGCAUACAAACCAGUACCUCCAAAGCAAUCAUCAGUAGUACCAUCGAAAGCGCAGGGAUUUGCUGAUAAAGCUAGCAAACAUGGAAUGGAUGAACCAAUUCAGGCGGAUCCGAUCAAUUUUGAUCACGAUCAUCUUUUCAGUAAACUGCAAUCUCUUGCUUUAGAUUUUCGACUGAAUGAACCUGUAUGUUCAUUAGGUUGGUUCUCACCUGGACAAGUAUUUGUGUUAGACGAGUAUUGCGCCCGUUAUAUGGUCCGCGGUUGCCAUCGGCAUGUUUCACUUCUCAAUGACUUGCUCAAUAAGGCCGAUGAGGGCUUCCUUAUUGAUCCUACGCUUAUGCAUUAUUCAUUCGCUUUUUGCGCAUCUCAUGUUCAUGGCAAUAGGUUAGAUGGGGUGGGAACGGUUACAUUAGAAGAGAAAGAAAAAUUUCAGGAUGUUAAGGAAAGAUUGAGAACGCUGCUUGAAAAGCAGAUUACAAACUUUAGAUAUUGUUUUCCUUUUGGUCGACCUGAAGGAGCAUUGAAAGGAACGUUAUCAUUACUUGAAAGGGUCCUAAUGAAGGACGUUGUUUCACCGGUGCCUCCAGAAGAAGUCCGGAACGUCAUCCGGAAAUGUCUUCAAGAUGCAGCUUUAGUUAAUUAUACUCGAAUCUGCAAUGAAGCGAAGCUUGAGCUGCGCAUGGAUAUGAAUGUUAGUCCUCAGCAGAGGAUUGAAGACAUGAUACGGGUUACGGAAUUUUGCAUUGAUCUUUUACGAGAAAACGAAGAGCAUCAUGGCGAUGCAUUCACAUGGUUCAGUGACCUUCUUGCUGACCAUUCAGAAAUAUUUUGGUCACUUUAUUCAGUGGAUUUGGAUGCAGCGUUAAAUAUACAACCUCCAGACUCGUGGGAUUCAUUUCCAUUGUUCCAGCUACUGAAUAAUUUUUUGAGUAAUAACUCUCAUCUCAAAAACGGCAUUUUUCAUACAAAAUUGAUCCACCAAUUCUCAACUAAAGUAGUACGUUAUGUCGAUUUGAUGGAGCAGUCAAUAGCGCAAUCUAUUGAGAGAGGCUUCGCACGAGAACGAUGGGAAGUACGCAAAGACGGUUGUGCAACAUCUGAAGACACUUACUGGAAACUGGACGCUUUGCAAAUUUUCAUACAUGAUUUGAAUUGGCCAGAGGAAGAGUUCUCGAAGUAUCUGCAAAUUAGAAUGAAAGCCCUGGCCAGCGAAAUGAUCAACAAAUGCACAAAUUGUACUUACCAAUGUUUUGAUUCGUACAUGCAGCGCGCGCGAAAAUCAACGGAUUAUGUUCUGCCUUCAGAAAUCUGUGUUAUGAUCAACGUAAUUUUCUCAUCGAAAUCUCGAGCAGCUAAAAUGGCAAUAGAUUCGGGAGAAUAUAAAUACCAAUCGAAACUGGAUGAAACUUUGGAUACUAUGCUGAAAGAUAUGGAAACAUGCAUUGAAGACAAGCUUUUAUCGGUUUUGGAAUAUGUUUUGUCUCGAUUGGCCCGUUAUGACGAGGGAAAUCCGAUUGGCGCGAUUCUCUCAAUUGCACCGAAACCAACAACUAUCUUCAACAAAAUGAAAAAUAUAGUUGGUGAUCAGGGAAUUGUUGGUAACUUGACGGGUAGUGCUGCAUCAUCGCCACAAAACCCGAAACCAAUUGUAAGUCAAACUCAGAACUCAGGUCAUUAUGGACAUUCUUACGUAACUUUCAUGCGUCUUUGUACUGAACAGUUAAGGCAGGUUGUAGUCGACGAGCUGUGGGUCAACGCUCUGUUUGAACACUGGUACGAGGGCCAGAUGAAAAUGCUUAAUGACUGGCUUACCGAGAGACUCCAGCAAUCCCUCUCACAAUAUCAGUUAACAUGUCUCUCUUUCAUGGUCAAGAAAAUAUAUUCCGAUUCGGAAUUGCAAGGUGUUGAUGAUGAACGACUCAACAGCAAAACAUACCAGUCGAUAACGAGAAGGCUACAAAUUGAAGAAGCAAACUGUGCAUUAAAUGACAAUGCCUCUGGGCAUGCAAACACAUCGAUUAGCAACCAUGCACUUAUUGAUAAUGCUACUCAAGCAGUUACGAAUGUUAGUAGUCUGGUGGAGGGUGCCAGUGCCAAAAUGCUUUCUCUUUUCAAGUAA